CGCUGGCGGUGACCUGCUUUUCUCGUGACGCGUGUUCUGUUGUCAGGGCGCGGUUGCUGCAGGCUGCUUGAUCCGCUCACUUCGACACGACGCUGCUGCCGCGACUGUAUGGUGGAAACACACUUCAGUCAUUUUACCUCUUUCUACGGACCGGCUUUAUGGUUAAGCUACAAUCUUCAAUGAGUAAGCAUAUUCCACAGUUCUGUGGUGUAUUGGGUCACACAUUUAUGGAGUUUCUGAAGGGCAGUGGAGACUACUGCCAGGCCCAGCACGGCGUAUAUGCAGACAAGUGAACGGCGAGCUUUGCUACCUCACUGGAAGAGAGACUUGUGUGAUUGCUUUAACGUUGGCGGGAACAGACACAGCGAGCGGGGCGUCCACAGCAGCCAGACCAGUCUGGAUGGGUUAAAAAAAUCUCCAGAAGUGCACUGCCCUCGUUGGCCCUCUGUUUCCUUGUUCACCCGAGGACCAGCCUUUUUUUUUUUGUUUUCUUUAAUUUAUAGAUUUUUUUCAUCAGUCAAUUAUUUUUCUUUCUAUUUGAUUUUUUCCCCACCCCUUCUCCUGAUUUUUUGCGGAUUAUUCUUAUUUUAAGGGGGAUUGGUGAAGAUUCCUUCCAUUUUUUUUUUUUUUGUAUAUUUGUCAGUUUUUUUUCAUUGUCAGCAAUGGCUCGUAUGAAUAGACCUGCCCCUGUGGAGAUCACAUAUAAAAACAUGAGGUUCCUCAUCACCCACAAUCCUACCAAUGCCACCCUAAACAAAUUCAUUGAGGAACUAAAGAAGUAUGGUGUGACAACAGUUGUUAGAGUGUGUGAGGCGACGUAUGAUGCCAACUUGGUCGCUAAAGAGGGCAUUCAGGUCCUGGAUUGGCCGUUUGAUGAUGGAGCUCCUCCUUCUAACCAGAUUGUUGACGAUUGGUUGAAUUUGCUGAGGAUUAAGUUUAGGGAGGAGCCAGGCUGCUGCAUAGCUGUUCACUGUGUAGCUGGCCUUGGAAGAGCUCCAGUCCUUGUUGCCCUCGCUCUGAUUGAGUGUGGUAUGAAGUAUGAAGAUGCUGUCCAGUUCAUUCGACAAAAGCGUCGGGGAGCAUUUAACAGCAAGCAGCUCUUCUACCUGGAGAAAUAUCGCCCAAAGAUGCGUCUCCGCUUCAAAGAUUCAAACGGCCAUCGCAACAACUGCUGCAUCCAGUAGAGCUUUUCCUGCAGCCCUGCUGGAAACGGUUAAUCCAUAUAUUUCUGUAAUGUGUACAGUUAUUACUCAGAAUUGAUGAACAUGUGAAAAGAUUAAAAAUAAAUAAAUAAAUCAAUUUUACUUGAUUAUCCCCAUGUGUGUUGAUUUUACAGUGUGGCCUCAUUUGAAAAGGUGAGUGCUUAUUGUAUGAUCAUGUUACAUUUUCACAUCUUUUGAUUCCAGCCAUCAACUUGUAUAAACAUUUUGUAAAGCUGUUACAGGAGUGCCCUCUGCCAAACAGUAUUGUUUUUUUGUUUUUUGUUUUUUUGUUUUUUUAAACCAACUAUGACAGCAUAGGUAUCAUUUAAUCUUAUUGUUUAUGAAGAUCUUAAAAUGCCUUAGAAAAUUGAAAAGGAGGUCGUUUUGUGGGCAUUUGUGAAAACAGCUACACACAGAGAGAAAAUCAUGAAUUACAAAAAAAAAGUUGUAGAGUUGUGUGUAUGUGGAAGGUAUGGGAUCUAGUUUGUGUUGUUUAUCUAAACUUCGUUUACUAAUUACUGCCAUGUCGAUAGUGUUGUUUUGUUUUGUGUUUUGGCUUUAAACUGGACCUCUGCGAUAUUUUGUAUGCCUUUUUAUUUGAUGUGCGUAACUUAAAAAUACUUGGAUACUUGAUUUAUGUACGGUAUUUGAAACGUGUACUAUUAGAUUGGCUAUUUAUACUAUCACUGGGUAUGUGUUUUAGUAUAGUGAGAAAAGAUGUAACUGUUGACUGACGAGAAGAAGUAAAAUAAAGGAAUAAACUGAGGACACGA